CAUCGCCGCUGCCCAUUCCCCGCAAACUCUUUCACAUCCUGAAUUGUAAUUUUUUGUACUUGCUAAAUUAUGCGGGAUCGGAAGGUGGUGAUCGGUUGCUGAGUGUUCUAGUGUAGAUUGGAAAUCCAAGAUGGCGGCGGAGACCGAGAUGGAAGUGCUGCGGGAGUAUUACGCGAACAGCGACUACUUGAGCUCUCCUGAGGGAAUCAUGAAGCUGAUUGCUAUCCUGGGCUGCUUGUGCUCGGCCGUGCUGUUCCUGGCGGGCGGCGGCUGCGCGGGCGCGGCUGCGCUGGCGGCGGGGGCGGCGAGCCUGGCCUUCCUCGCCGUGGGGCUGCUGGCAGUGCAGCUCACGGCCACGCUGCUCGGGGCGCCACUGUUCGCGCCGCACGCCUGGCUCUACUGCGACGUUGUGGGCAGCUCGGUCCUCGGCGCGCUGCUGGUGCUCAGCGGCACUCUCAGCCUCACGCUGUGCGAGCUGCGCGGCUUCGUCUCCUACGUGCAUGCUCCACUAGCUGUAUGCAACGCAGCGCUUGUAGUAGGCGGCGCGGUGGCCACGUACGCAGCCGUGACGCGGCGCUGGGACGCCGCGCGCGGGCCCUCGUGGGAGCCGCGCAGGGAGCCCCCACCGGACGUCGAUGUCUAAGGGAGCUCCGCACACGACAAUGGGCUCUCGUGGCCGCCGCAGAACGUCGACGUCUAUGGGAGCCCGACACACAGCACUAGCCCCAGGGCCUCUGGAGGUGUCGCGGCGACACACGCCGCGCGGCUCUCGUGGCCGCCGCAGAACGUCGAUGUCCGACGAAUCUCAAAGCAGCGGCGGUGAUAGUUUGGACUUUUAUAAAGUGAUUUUAAUUUAAAAUGUAGUGUGUUGUCCUCAUGGUACAAAUAAUUUAAGUAAAUUAAUAACCACGUCCCACGUUACAUAUGGAUCCUCUAAACGUGUCCUAUUGCCAGUCUAACUAGUCAAGUUUGCCGUCGUGUUUUUGGGUCACUGUAUUAACAAAAUUGGCUACAUUUUAAUAGUAGGUAAGUUAAGAGUUUUGAAUGAUUCACGGUUAUUUUCAUUAGACUUAUAUUGACCGGGAUAUAGACCGUGAUUACCUUUUUGAUUUUUGUCGAGCUCCCGAUAUUAGUAUUAGUAGGUAAGUUUUUAGGAGUUGAAUGGCGCAUAGCAUAAGCCUAAUUAAUAUAAACUGCAAUAUAGAUGCCUGUGUGGUGACGGGUUAAGAAUUUCACCACCCCCUUUCUUCCCGUGGGUGUCGUAGAAGGAGACUAAGGGAUAUGGGUUAAAUUGUGGCGUAGGCGAGAGGCUGGCAACCUGUCACUGCAAU